AUGGACGCGGGCUUCAUUUGCAACUUCAAGCUCAAGUACAAGGCCCAAUUUGUGCAGUGGCUACUGGACAUGGUUACGGCAGGGACGGGGAACAAGAACCCCUACGUUCUUAGCGCUAUCCGAAUCGUGUCGGGAGUUUUGGCGGCAGUGCUCCACGACUAUCUGGAGUGUGAAAACAACCUGGAAGAAUGGGAAUCAGACUCCGAUGCAACUGCCACCUCUGAGCCAUUUUUGCUUGGUGACGACAGCGAUGGAGACGAAGAUCCCAUCUUCACUCAUCGCGACGCGCUGGAAGCUGCAAUACAGUUGUCUACGUACCAGUUCGCACACAAGAUCGAUAUUGCACACAAGAUUGAUAUUGUGGGGAUGCAACUGCUGACCGAGAAAUGCCGCCAACAGCUUCAACAGAGCAUGCACCAGCAGCAGAUCACCGAUUAUUUCUCGAUAGAUUAA